GGUACCGUGAACCGGCGGCGCACGAGUAGUUCACUUCUGUUCGGUGUGGUGUUGCGGUGAUUUUGAGGGGCCAGCUAAAGAGAACGAGAGAGAGAGAGAGAGAGAGAGGGAGAAAAAGAGGAAAGAGAGCGAGAGAGAGAGAGAGAGUAAGCUCUGCGCUCGCACACGCUCGUCAGAGGGUGCGGGAGAAGAGCUCUACUCCGAACUCGGGUGAGAGUCGCACCUCGACGACGAGGUGCUGCAGGUGUCCCUUCCGAAGGACGAUCAACCAUCCCAUCGCGGCUCCGCGACGGCACGCGAACAGGCACGUACACCGGCUCGCGUCUGACACGGUGCGAAUUAAUAAAUCGCCGAUCGUGCAUCGAGAGGGGACCACGUCGUCGCGUCGAGUCAUCAGGGUCGUCCGUCAUCGACGACCGUGCUGGAUAGGGUACGGAAGAAGAGUGCCGACAUGUCGGCGUUGAGCGUCGCGCUUUGUAGACGCGGGAUUAUCCUCUGGCUGGCCGUCCUACUGGCGUCACGAUCCACGCAUUCUGCGCCGGUAUACGAUCAGGAUACCACACAGGUCGCGGAGUACGAUGGAGCUGCCGCUGGAUGUUACUUCAACUUCCAGCGCUACCAAGAAGGCGACAGGAUCAUCACGAGCGAACCCUGUCUCAAUUGCACAUGCCACAACCGAAUGCUGAUGUGUUACCUGAAGGUCUGCCCGUUCACGAAGGCGAUAGGUCAGAAUUGCACGGUGGAGAAGCGUCCGGAUCAGUGUUGUCCGGUGAUCACUUGUCCAGAAGUGCCGGUCCAAUUGCUGACGUCGACUACGAGCGCGCCGGCGACCUCGGACUCUACGGAGCUCGGCUUCCACGAUAAUUACGGCUGCAACGUCGACGACAGAUUUUAUCCGGAUGGCGCUCAGCUGCCGGUGGACCAUCACAAUCCUUGCGAGCUCUGCUACUGCAUCAGAAACAGAACCACCUGCGUCAUGCAAGAGUGUACUUUACGAGUGGCGGGAUGCAAACCGGUCUACCAACCGGGUGUGUGCUGUCCGAUCAAAUACAAUUGCGAAUACGACGAGGAACCCAGCACCACGGUUGGUCCGACACCGGGUCUCAUCAUGACCACGACGCUGCCUCCCGAUGUGCUGCCGCUAUGUUACCACGAGGGCAAGGUCUACGAGGAUGGCGAGCUGAUUUACACUGAGGCGUGCCAGCAUUGCUAUUGCUUCCGAAGAGAGAUCGCCUGCGCGGUGCAAAAUUGCGGAACGCCGAUGCAGGCGCACAGAAAGAAUUGCACGGCCGUACCCCCGCCGGAAGGGGAAUGCUGUCCGACUACGUACCAGUGUGAGGAAGACGGCCAAGGUGAAAUCAUCACGCUACCAGAAGACGAAGAACAACUUCCGGAGCAGGUACCGCACGACCAGCAAAUCACCGAGUCGCCCAUGCUAAUCGAUCAGGAUCAGGAUCAGCAGGUGAAGACCGAACAGCCUCAGCAGGAAUCUUCCCCGGGUGCCGACAACGUUAUACCGUACGACGGCCACGGGGCGGAGGAAGAGAAGAAUGUGGAGGGAACUAUCGAGCACGUUACGGAGGAGCGCGUCCCGUCUACUGAGAAGCCUGAAGAAGCAGAAUCCGCAACGUUACCAGCGGGUGAGAUUACUGUGCCCGAAGAGGAAACUACCUCCGCUGAGAGCGAAUCUACGCCACCUCACGAGCAUGUCACUAAGCCGGCCGUCGCUGAGGAAGCGUCGGAGGAAGCGGUGACAGUAGCUGAAUUGCCCGCGGAAACCGCAGCGGCGGAAACGGAAGCGCCUGCAACAACCGUGCAAGAACCCGAAGGUAGUGAAGCGCCCGCUGUGGAAGCUUCGUCCACUUCAGAGGGCUUGCAACCGAGCGAGGAGACGUUGACCACAGAACACGUGAGCACGGAAGAGAGUAUGGUUGAGAAAGAACACAGCAGCACUCCUGCUAUUGUCGAAGAAGAGCAACCGACUGAAGAACCUACAGUUAGCGAAGAAAAGCAGACUGAAGGUGCGACGAAACCGGAACUGGAAGAGGCCACCAGUCCACACGAGGGGCUUUCAGCGCAGAUUCCAGAAGAAGUGACCGAGGUAGAAAAGGCGCCGGAAGAAGAACAAGGCAGCACGCCGCGAACGCCCGCCGAGGAACCAGAAAUAUCUACCGAAGUCGCGGAGAAGCCGACAUCUCCGAUUGCAGAAGUCGAACAUCCUGGUGUUACCACUGUUUCCGAAUCAGUCACUGAGCCGACGGAAGAAGGAGAAGGCAAGGUACAUCCAAUGGAAACAACACCGAGCGAAACUCUGGCGGUAGAGACCGAGUCACCGGUGGAAGAAGUGACCGUAUCUCACGAGGUGUCCAGCACCGAACAAGUCGUUACCGAGAAAGAGGAGAUGUUACAUUCGACUGAAGUCUCUGUUACAGAAGAAGCUCAUUCGACCGAAGCGACUGGUUUGCCUGAAGAACAACCUGCUGAAGAAAAGCCAACGGAAGGUGAGGAGGCACAGCCGGAAGAGCCAACAUCUGAGCACCCGAUCGAAGAAGAGCGUGCCACUGUUGGCGCCAAGAAAGAAGACUCCGGCUUGACCGAAAGUCCAGUGAUGAGCGAGGAACCUGUCACUCCGGAAGAGCAAGAAGCGGAGGAAUCAACUCCGGAAAUUCCAGCCCAAGGUUCAACCGGCAUCCCGAUUCCUGAGCGAAUGCCAGAGCAGAAGGCGGAGGAUAAAUAUCACAUGACUGAGAUUUAUGAGGACAUCACACGUCCAGAAGUCAUCUCCGAUAAUCUCGUGACCGAAGCUCCGCAGAAAAUAUCUACAGAAAGCACCCCGCAAGAGACUACUCUAGCACCGUCGGAAGAGACCGCGAAACCUGUUGCGGAAGAAGCUACCGAAGCACCGGUGGAGAAAGAAACCGCGAAACCGGUUGUGGAGGGAGGCGCUGAAGCUCCGACGCAAGAGACAGCGAAACCAGAGGAAGCUACGGAAGCACAUUUGCCGACCGAGAAAGAGCUUGCUACCACCGAAAUCGUUACCAUUUCUGAGGAAUCCAAGACGGAAAGCACUCUUGAAGCAGCUCAGGGCAGCACGGAACCCUCUGUAGCAACUGUCGCUCAUGAGGAGCACAUCACGGAAAAGCCCGAGGAGACAGAGAAGCCUAGUAUUCCGGCCGAAACUGAAACCGAAACACCGCAAACGACAGUUCAGACAACGGAAGAAGUUCCUAGUGGCGAAGAAUUGCCCAUGAAGGGACUCACCAUCGAAGAAUCCGGUGAAAUUUCCUCCGAGGAAAUCGAUUUGGGUAAGAAGGAAUCGCAACCAAAGAAGGAGGAAGGAUCAAGUGAGGAAGAAGAAGAAAUACAACCUCCGAUAACGACAAUAGAACCGGAAGAAAUUUCUGAAACGUCUGCAUCGAUCCCGGCCGAACCUGAACACUCGACGGUGACUUCGGGUCUUGCUGAGGAACAAACAACGGAAGGUGAACGAGUCACUACAGCAAUUCCACCUGCCGAACAAUCGACGCCACAAACCGAAGAAGAGAAAGAAAUCGAAAAUGUUCCUGUCGAAGAAGGAAAACCGGUCGCUGGUGAGGAACCUGCUACGGAGGGAUCCACUGUGACACCGAGUGAAGUAACUGGUGAAAUAGAGAAAGAAACUGAAAAACCUGUUUCGGAAGAGGGCGAAGUCACGAUCAAGGAAGCUGAAGAGAGACCUACAACGCAAGCGCCCGCUGUUGAAGAAGAAAAAACUGAACAACCGAAGCAACCUGAGCAACCUGAGCAAUCCGAGCAACCCGAGCAAACCGAACAACCCGAGCAACCCGAGCAACCCGAGCAACCCAAACAACCUGAACAACCUGAGCAACCUGAGCAGCCUGAGCAACCUGAACAGCCUGAGCAACCUGAGCAGCCUGAGCAGCCUGAGCAGCCUGAGCAGCCUGAGCAGCCUGAGCAAUAUCCCACAGAAAAAGGUCCCGUUAAAGAGGAAGGCGCUGUUACAGAAGGCCAAGAUUUGCCGAGGGAAACCGAGGCACCUACAAUAGAGGAGAAACCUGAAGAAACAGAAGGCACGAAAGCCCCUACCGAAAGUGCAGAACAACAAACUGAAGCCGCGAUAACUGAGGAAGAAUCGUCCGAAAGAAUCGCGGGAGUGCAACCGACGGAAGUAACCGGUAUCGAACAAACAGAAUCAUCUGUUACCACAGAACGUGCAUCCGAAAAACCAGAAGAGGAGGGUGAAGAGAAAGUCUCUGUUCCUGUGUCCACAGAAGAGGUGCAAACAGAAGUUCCUCCUAUAGUUGAGACGCAGCCUACCGAGACAUCGGCAGUGGAGAAAGAGACGGAGCAGACCGAACCUUCCGUUAGCAAGGAACACUUGUCAACUCAGCCUUCGAUCACAGAUCGCAAAGAGGAUCAGGAACCUGUCAAAGAGAAACCAAGCGAAGGAGAGCAAGAAAGUGAAGGGGAAAUGACUCAGGAGCCGUCUCUCGGAGAGAAGGAAGUUACCGAGACGCACGAAGAACCACAGAAACCGACAGGUCCUCCUGAGCUUGAAGGAACUCACGUUCCAUCUACGGAAGAAGCUGUUACCGAACCUGUUCUACCGGAAGAAAAACCGGUCGAAGAAGCUGUUACGACGGAAUCUACCGGUACAGAGGAAGCUAUUACACAACCAACUUCGAGCGAGCAACCCGAAGUAGUCAGUGAGCAACCGGAGGAAGAGGCAACGAAACCAUCCGAACAAGAGAAACCUACUGAAGAACCAGUCACUGAACAGCCUGAGUUGCACGAGAGAAAAGAAACCGAAACACCCAGCCCGGUUAUUCAUGAAGAACCCACCAGCGCGAUUCCCGAAAAACCGUCUGUCGAGGAAGAGGGUGCGGGUGUCAGUGAAUCAACCGAGGGUGCAACGAGUGAAAGUACCAUGAAACCAGAAUCAAUUCCCGAGAUGUCAACUGAAUCGCCCAAACUCGUCGAGGAACAUACGGAGCAGACGAGUGAAGUUCCCGUCGAGAAAGAAAUAACAACCGAAUCCGUGCCUUCGGAAGAGGAAACGCCCGAGAAAGUCACGCAGUCACCGGUAACGGAAGAAAAGCCAAGCGAGGAAACAGAAGGUGUACCUGUCGAGGUAUCCACAGAGGAAGCUGCAAUUCCGGAAAUGCCUAAAGUACCCGAAGAACAGCCAGAGAAACCUGAAGGUGAAGAGGAAGGUAAAGAAACGACAGCCGAGACGCCGGCCCUGGAGCACGAGGAACAUUCGACGGUAGCUUCGACAGAAGAGAUACCUGUAGUGAAAAUCACUACUGAAGCAUCUCUGAAGGAAGGACCUCAGUACAGUUCGACGGAGUAUCCAACGAGUACUCCCGAAGAAACUCCCAUGGAAGAAGCGACCACGCCCCAGAUCGCUCCUCGUCCAUCGGGUAUCCCGGGAGAAGGUAACUGUCUCGUCGAGGGACAAUCUUACAACAAUAAUUCGGCCGUUCCACCGGCGAAUUCGUGCCAAACCAGUUGCCGUUGCGUCAGCAGCAUCGUGGAAUGUGAGCUCGUGCAAUGUCCUGCACCGCCGGCUCACCUCACUAACUGCAUGCCGGUCCGCGUGAGCGGAGAUUCAUGUUGUCCGAUGUACGCCUGUGAUUCGACACCGACCGUCGAAUUGGAGUCCGACAGUCAUGUGAUCGAACCUCUUACUCCUGAGGCGGAAGGAGAGGAAGGUCAAAAGACGACUGUCUCGCCGGCGGAAGUGUCGACGGAGGAAACAGUCGCGGAAGUUACCGAAGCUGUAACGGAAGCUAGUACGGCAGCUGGUGAAAUUAGUACGCCGGAAUCGCAGCCUGCGGAGGUUACUUUGCCCUCUGCUACCCAAGCGGAAGAGGAGGUAGAGUCGACGGCGACCGAGAGGCAGCCAACGACUCCCAAGUCUAUCGAACCAGUUUACGAACAACCGACUACCGUCGGGGAAACUGUUGAAGAACAGCCUGAAGAGCAGACCGUUAGUUCCGUACCCGAGAAACCAGAGGAAUCUACUCCUCAGAUUACCGAAGAAGAGGAACAUACUGAGCCGCAGAGUGUAUCAGAGGAAACCACCGAAGGCAAGGUUAGCGAAGAGAAGGAAGAAGUGACUAAACCGGCAAUUUCGACUGAACAACCGCAGGAGGAGAUCGUCGAAGAGCAGACUCCUGUUAGCGGUGAAGAAGAGCAAGUGAUUACUUCUACGCAUGCACCUGUCGAGCCUCAUGGCACUGAGGAAGAAAUGUCGACUUCUUCUCACAAAGAGGAAGAGAUUACCGUUCCUACCGUGACAGAAGAGAAAGCAACUUCCGUUCCUGCUGAAGUAGAAUCUUCGACAUCUGCUGAGAGAGAACAAGAAGUUACGACGGUUACAGCUGGCAAGGAAGAGGAAAUUACUACACCGGUGAAGGAAGAGGGAAUACCCACUGAAGAAGAGGGUAUCGAGGGACAGGUUACGGUCAAACCGGUCGAAGAAGCUGAGAAGGAACAAGCAGAAGUCUCAACCAAAGCUCCUACGAUCGAAGAGGAACAUAUUACCGUACCUACGUCGCCCGUUGAGGCAGAAACGCCUGAACAGGAGCACGAGACAUCUACAAAGCCAGAAGAAGCGGUUGCUGUAACGGAAGAACAGCCAACAAAACUCGAAGUUCCUGAGGAAGAAAAGACCGUCGAGCCCACUGAGUAUGAGAGUACUUCCAUUCCUGAAAUUCAGCCUACGACGGAACAUAAGCUCGAGGAAAAACCUAAGGACGAAGAAGAAGAGGAGAAAGAAACUAUCACGUCAACCGAAGGUGAACAAGUUGCUCAAACUGAGAAACCUGAAAGUCAAACGAAAUUGCCUGCUGAGGUAGAAACACAGAAACCGACCGAACCUGCUGUCGAAUCAACGACUCUGAUACACGAUCUUACAAUAACUGAAGAGGCACCAUCAGAGGAACACGUGACUGUAAAAGUUGUGGAAACUUCUACGGAGGAAAGCGAAGAAGAAAAAGUACCAGAAGUCUCAACCGAAACUCCUGUGGUCGAAGAGGAACACAUUACUAUUCCUACAUCGUCCGUUGAAGCAGAAGAGCCAGAACAGGAGGUAGAGAAGCCUGGUGAAGAAGUCGCCAAACCUACUGAGGAACCUGUUUCCGAAGUUCCCCACGAAGAGACAUCACCGGAAGGUCCAUCAUCGGAAGUUGAACCGACGGAAAGUGCUGUGGGAGUAGAAACUACGGAACAUGCUGAAGAACCUACAAAAGUGUCGGUUAUAGAACAUGAAGGAGAGCCGUCCGUCACGGAAUUGCCUGAGGAAAAACCACUGGAACCUGUAUCACCGGUAGUCAGUAUGGAACAACCAGUGAGAACUACUGAAGUACAAGAAACCACGGAAGCAGAAGGAGAACAUGAGAAACUCACUGAGCCUAGCGUCGCUCAUGAGCCGGAAGUUACACAAGUUCCGGUCACAGAACUUCCAGAAGUCACGCCUGCAACUGAGGCUCAUACGACUGAGGUAUCACCCGCUGAGGAGCAUACAAUAGCCGAGGAGGUGCAAACGAUAGCUGUACCUGUACAAGAAGAAGCCGGAGAACAACCCGUUACACCAAUUGUAAAGGAAACUUCCGAACCAAGUCAAGAAGUAGACGCAACGGAAACUGAGCAACCCGUCUCUCCUGAAGUACAAACUGAAGCUCCGACUGCAGAGGAGGAACACAUCACUGUUUCGAUCGAGCAAGAGACUCAGAAACCUGAAGAACACCCAGCCGAAGAACAAACCGUUGCCUCUCCUACUCCUAGCGAGGGUGAAACGUCGGAAGCUGGCAUUUUGAUGGAAAAAACCACGCCGGAAAGCACGACGAUUCGAGAGGAACAAGUGACCGAGAAGACUGCUGAAACUGCUAAACCAGAAACAGAAUCACCCGGCUUAGUCGAGGAACAAACGGUGGCUCCUGAGGUUGAGAAAGAAGUCAGUGAAGCAGAGCCUGAAAAGCCUGAAGUUGGAAUAACGGAGGAAACGAGUAAAGAAGAAGGGCCGACCACUGAAGAAACGAUCAAGGAAGGAACAACGGAAGGAGUUGUUAAGGAGGAAGCUGUAACUCACGCUGCUACGACGGAGCAGCCUUCUGUGGAGCAAGAAAUAGUAACACCAUCUCAAAUACCGGAAGUAAAAGGUCAAACACCAGAAGAAUUCGAGGUAACGAUUCUUCCGCAGGAACCCGAAGAGGGAGCUGAAGUUACGAGCAAACCGGAACACCCGGUGAGCGAAGAAGCAACAACUGCGACAAGUUUGUUGACACCUGAGGAGCAACCGACCGUACCGGCAGAAACUGAAGAGAAAGAAGGCACUCAUGAACCUGAGCACGAGACAACAUUAUCUACUCUAGAAGAGGAAGUAUCGAAACCAGCGACUGAGCCUAGCGAGGUGGAGAAACUUCCAUCCGAAGGAGAAUCCGUUACACCUGAGAGCGCAACACAGGAACCAGAGGUAUCUGUCACGAAAAUUUCCGCCGAGGUAAGCUCCACCGAACAGCCCGAAAAGAUUUCACCCGAAACGGAAGAGCCAGUCAAACCGGUACAGGAAACAGAAGCGCCCGAGGAGCAACAAGUUGAAAGCACGACGAAAGCAGCUGUCGAAGUCACUGUGACCGAAGAAAAAUUACCGGAAGAAGAAGUAUCGCACAUUCCGGGAGCUGAGGAGAAACCGACGGAAGCUCCUUCCGCAGAGGGUGAGGAAGAACACGAAGAACAUUCAACUAUGCCUAGCCAACCAAUUGAAACAACUUCAGAGCAUGAAGAAGAAGAAGAAGAAGAACCGUCGAUAACAAAAGUGCAGCUUACCGAAGGUCCUCUUCCUGCCGAAGAAGAAACCCCAGAACCGGAAGAAACUCAGCCUACCUUGCCUGAGGAAGGUGAAGAGGCUCAUACUAAACUACCCGAGGAACCUCAUUUUGAGGAACAAACGCCGGAAACUCCAGUAGAACCAGAAGGACAUCCAGAACCCGAGCAAACCUCGGAAACUAUCGUGCCUACGGAAGAAUAUCCAGUCAAGAUUUCUGGCGCGCCAACCGAACUACCUGAAGAAAAAGUCACUACUGGCCCAACAGCCGAAGAACCAGAAUCUGAGACUCCGACGAGCCCCGAAGAGGCUCCGCACUCGACGGAAACGCCGAUCGAGGAGCAUAUCACAAAAAUACAGCCGAUACCCACAGAAAUACCAUCAGCGGAAGUCACGGAGGAAGUUCCUAAGGAAGGUGAAGAGAUCGGUCACCCGCACGUCGAUCACUUCCCGGAGACUACUCUGAAGCCGGAGACCGACUAUUCAGCGGAGGGUGAACCGUCACUCGAAUCCGAAGAAGAGCGACCAGUGAACCACACUGCGGAAGCGACCGAACGUCCGUACCUACCUAGUUUCCACGAACAACCGUCCAGCACCUCGGCUCCUCAUCUUCCUGAGUAUCCUGACCAAUCUGUAUCCGGUGAGGAAGACUCCCACUUCCCUAUGCAAGGUGGUGGCAGUUACUUGAAUCCCGACGAGGACUACGAAGAAAACGAUCAGGAGGUCUUUGGACCUGGCACCUGUCGAUACGGCGGCAAGGUUUACGUGUCAGCGCAGCAGAUACCCAGGGACGACCCGUGCGACUUCUGCUUCUGCUUCAGGAGCGACAUCAUCUGCCUUCAGCAGAGCUGCCCACCGCCGAUCCCGGGCUGCCACGAGGAACCGAUCAGUGGUUUCUGUUGCCCGAGAUACGAAUGUCCCGUGUCGAUGGCCACGGCUUUGAACUUGACCACAACUACCACCACGACCACCACUACGUUACCGCCACUUUUCCACCAUCACGCUUAUAAGGGCGCCGCGAGACGAAGUGGCUGCCAGAUUCGGGGCCAAGCUUAUCGAGUAGGAGAAGUCAUCAAGUCAGCGUCUGGACCUUGCCGCAAUUGCACUUGCGAAGGUGACGGCAAUAUGAAGUGCGAGCCGAUAAUGUGCAGUCCGGAACCGACGCUCAGGCAAAUAAUGGCUACAGUGAAGACGAGCGCGAUUACGGCCAAGAGGAGGAGAUGAGCCGCCGAGCUGGAUCGCGGGAUUCGUCUCUACCAAGAAGCAAAUACGAGAAGGAAGUCGACAGCGGGAUUCAGUGUUGUAUAAAAGUGAAUUAAAAUUAUUCUAAACUACCUAGACGUCGCGGAACACAGACAAUAGUGUGCUUCGGCGAUCACGAACUGAGUG